AUGGAUUUAGGAAAUACCCAAAUGUCAUCCAACGAUAAAGGUGAUGAUCCGUCUCCUGAGAAGAUUGAUUUUCACAUCUCAAAUUGUUCGCCAGAGCCUUCUCGAUCUACAGGAUCUGUAGAUUCUUUACAGCCCUUAACGCAAUCAAGUAAGAUUCAAUCUGAUCCUAGAGUCUCUGAAAAUGAUGAUUCUUCGAGUCAUGGAAUGACAUUCGGCGAUAGCGAAGAUAUAUCCGAUACACAAGAUGGACGUGUCGAUAAGGUCAUUAUGGCGGUCAAUCUUAGAAAUCGUAAAUUAGGAUGCGCAUAUUACAACGUCGCCACUUCUAAGUUAUACCUUAUGGAGGAUGUAGCUGAGUCACCACCAUAUGAUAUGGUGAAUUUAUGUGAGUUAGUUUGCUUGCUUAUCAAAAGAAAAUUAGGUGUAGAUAUCCUUAUUCAAAUUUCCUCAAAAUUAGUGCGAUUUCAAGUUUCACCGUCUAUAAUUCUUGUCAGUUCUCGUGCAGACGAUGCAUUUAUCCAAGCUUUGCAGGCAGAAGAUGGUUCGACUCUUAUUCCCUAUAUUGUAGAGAUCCGUCCAGGAUCUGAAUUCAUUUACGCAUCUGCGAAAACAAAAUUAUUUUCCAUUCGUUUGGGCGAUCAAGGGCACGUGCCAUCACAUGCCGAAGCUAGCAAACAAGAGAUAUAUUUACAUUUAUCUAGUAUCGUGAACCUGGAGAGCAGCGAAACAGUAUGCUGUGCUGGGGCUUUGAUUAAUUAUAUUUCAAGGGCUAAAAUAACUGGUGCUUUAUCUGAAGAUCUGCAAGUUGGCGUGUUGGGCAUAGAACAAUUUUCUUUUAUCACUUAUACUGCAAGAGACUACCGUACAGAUGAUUCAAACGUUAAGUCCAAUGCCAACACUGACAGUAAAACUUGUGGAGUAGUAAUAAGCAAUUUAAAUAAUUAUGGUAUCUCUCUAAGUUCUCUUCAAAUAUUUGAAGAUGAGUCACAUCCAAAUAUGCAUAUGCAAGCAAAAUCAAAAGAGGGAUUAUCACUUUUCG